CUGGUAUACAAUCAUACAUCACGGGGGACGAAGGGAAGAGAACAUGCCUAGUUUCACCAACUCCGACGUGUCCUACGCCAAACACACGCUCGACUAUCCCAUCUAUGCCGCCGAAUUCGACCCCUACACCCGCGGAUUCCUGAUUGUUGCUGGCGGCGGCGGAGAGGGACGCAGCGGAGUGCCCAAUCGCAUCUCCCUCCUCGACGUCAACAACCGCGCUGUCGUCGAACCCGUCGCCGAGCUCGAUCUGUCGCGCGAUGAGGAUUCGAUCCAGUCGCUAGCCAACCUGGCUACCAAAGAUGGCCUGAUCACGCUGGCCGGCAUCAACUCGUCCCAGGCGGCGCAGAACGACAACAAGAAUGAGCACUUCCGCGCCUUUGACAUUCGUUAUCCGCCGCGUAAGAAGCAGAAGACAGCCGAGAGCAGCGGCGAGAAGGGCGAAAUCAAGCUGUUGGGCAAGAGAUCGCUAUUCAAGCCCUCGUCAGCACCGAAGAAGGAGACAUACCAACGACUGCUACGCCUGUCUCCCGUGGGCAAGAGGGACACUCCGAGCAAGCGAAUCGGUGCCAUUGCCUCGGGCUUUGCACAGCAGUCUGAGGUCAUUGUAUUUGAUGCCACUGCAGCCAUACCGGACGACCAGCACAUCAUCACGCGGAUAGAGCUACCGGAGAAGCAGGAAGCGGCAGAUCUGGACAUUGCACGAAUCGGCGACGAUGAUCUCUUCAGUCUGGCAUACUGCGACGAGCAUAACAUCUACGAGCAGACGUACAAGUACGACUUUGCCAGCAAGAAGGUAGACAAGAGGCCGAAUGGACCCCGGCGAACGUUUCAGAUGGCUGGAGGCGACAACUACCAAGCCAAAGGAAGCCGCCCCAAAUUCAAGGCUCUACGCUUCCUCAAUUCGGAAAACCUCAUUGCUCUCGUCAAUAAGCCAAAUAAGAGUGGAGCUGAGCUGCGGCUGUAUCACCUCUAUCCGACGGGUCCUGCUCUAGUCAUGCAGACGGAGACCUUGCCAAGCCACAUCAAGCAGGCCACCAGUCUCGAUGUUGGCCCUCUAGACACUGAUACGAACGGCAACCAGCAGUUCAUGCUUGCUGUUUCUGGCCAGGACAGGAGUAUUGAAGUACUGACUGUGAACUACCAGGCAGUCACCGACACCUUCUCGUCCAUUCGUUGCUUCAUGACGCUCCGAAAUGUUCAUGCACAGGGCAUUACAAAGAUUUGCUGGCAGCCAUUCCACUCUCCCGUGCGGACAGCCGAUCCGGGACCACAGUACGCCCGACUCGCUUCGGUCAGCUUCGGCAACACACUCGUGAUCGAGACAUUUCCAUUACAACUGCUCGAGAAAAGCAACAAAAACUCCAGAUACGUGCUCAGUCAUCCUACUGAUGAACUCUUCUGGACCUGGCUCAAAUACGGUCUAUUCAUCUUUAUCGGCCUCGUCGUAGCUAUUCUCCUCCAAUCCUUUCUGUCCGCCGAAUCUUCCUUGAACAUUGUACCCAACAGGGUCUCCACCGGCGGUACACAUCCAUCGGCCGACAUCACCACUCCCAGUAUUGCUGUCCCUUCACCAGUGACCAAUCUGAAAGAUGCACUUCUAGCACAAGCCGCUUCACCGGAAGACGCCAGCCCGGGUGUGGUUAUUGUUCAUUCUCCUUCUGACGACCACGAAGAUGUCGGCUUUGCCGUGCAUCCCGACAAGGAGGCUUACUUGGCUCACGAGAGUACUGAUGCAAAGCAUUGGGAUGACCUCGCUACGGAGCAGAAAGAGUUAUGGAAGCGGAAGUUAAAGAAGGCUGGGCAGUGGGUCGAAGGUCAAGGAGAAGCUGUGUUUAAGGGUGUCCUCUGGAGUACAGUACCGCAGUUUCUGAUGGGACAAGCAGGGGAAGUUUUGAGGGAAUUGUAGGAACAUUGAACCUGAAAAUUUGACCUGGGUCUUAUUGUUAGCAACGAGAGGGCGCCGUUUUCUUACAGACCUAGAGUCCUGAUAGAAGCCAUCGCAGUGUUUACAGCUUCACCUGUAUGUACCUGAUCAGAAGCAUGUUGAGUGUUUGAACUUCGAGACAGAGAGAGAGAG